AUGUUAAUUAAUAAGGUUUUGGGAGCUAUAAGUGGUGAAAAUGAGAACAAGAAAAUCAAAGGAACAGUUGUGUUAAUGAAAAAAACUGUUUUAGACUUCAAUGAGUUCAAUGCUUCGGUUCUUGAUCGGGUUCACGAAUUGGUUGGCAAAAAGGUCUCUUUGCAGCUCGUUAGUGCUGUUAAUGGUGACCCAGGUGAGCUCUUAACUUGGAAAGUUGGAAAGCCAGCAUUCUUGGAAAACUUGGUUACUACAAUCACCUCUUUAACUGCAGGGGAUUCAGCAUUCAAUGUCACAUUUGAUUGGGAGGAGGAAAUAGGAGUUCCAGGAGCAUUCAUAGUCAAAAACUUUCAUCAGAGUCAGUUCUACCUUAAGUCCCUCACGCUUCAUGAUGUUCCCGGUCAUGGCCGGCUCCAUUUUGUCUGCAAUUCUUGGGUUUACCCUACUGGCAAGUUCAAAACUGAUCGCAUUUUCUUCAUUAAUCAGACAUAUAUUCCAAGUGAAACACCAGCACCACUUCGUCAGUACAGGGAAGAAGAAUUAGUGAGCUUGAGAGGAAACGGAACUGGGAAGCUUGAAAUAUGGGACAGGGUUUAUGACUAUGCUUACUACAAUGAUUUGGGAAAUCCUGAUGGGGGUUCAGAGUAUGUCAGACCAGUUCUUGGAGGAUCUACCGAGUACCCUUAUCCUCGAAGGGGAAGAACAGGCAGACCACCAACAAAGACAGAUCCUAACUCAGAGAGCAGGCUGCCAUUUACUUUGAGCACAAACAUUUUCUUUUAUGUUCCAAGAGAUGAGAGAUUUGGUCACUUGAAGAUGUCGGAUUUCUUAGUUUAUGCACUGAAAGCCUUAGCUCAAUCUCUUAUACCUGCCUUUGAGGCUAUAUGUGACAGCAUGCAUAAUAAGUUCGAGUUGGACACCUUUCAAGAUAUGCUAAAACUCUACGAAGGAGGAAUCAAGCUACCUGAUGGCCCUUUACUUGACAAGAUAAAGGCUGAUAUCCCCUCAGAUGUGCUCAAGGAACUUAUUCGGACUGAUGGUGAGGGAUACUUGAAAUUUCCAAUGCCACAAGUGAUCAAAGAGGAUAAAUCUGCAUGGAGGACAGAUGAAGAAUUUGCAAGAGAAAUGCUGGCUGGUGUGAACCCUGUCAGUAUUUGUCGUCUUGAGGAGUUUCCUCCAACAAGCAAACUAGAUCCUGGAGUAUAUGGCGACCAAACCAGUUCAAUAACCAAAGAACACAUAAAGAACAACCUAGAUGGGCUAUCAGUAGAAGAGGCAAUCAAGAACAAUAGGCUAUUCAUAUUGAAUCAUCAUGAUGGCCUGAUGCCAUACCUGAGGCGAAUAAACACAACUUCCACAAAGACUUAUGCCACAAGGACACUUCUGUUCUUGCAAAAAGAUGGAUCUUUGAAGCCAUUGGUGAUUGAAUUAAGCCUGCCACAUCCGGAAGGAGAUAGAGGUGGUGCCAUUAGCAAAGUAUACACACCAGCUGAACAUGGUGUCGAAGGUUCCAUUUGGGAGUUGGCAAAGGCUUAUGUUGCCGUAAAUGACUCUGGCAUUCAUCAGCUGAUCAGCCACUGGUUGAAUACCCAUGCAGUGAUUGAGCCAUUUGUGAUUGCAACAAACAGGCAACUAAGCGUGCUUCAUCCAAUUCACAAGCUUUUGUAUCCUCAUUUCAAAGACACGAUGAACAUAAAUGCAUUGGCCAGGCAGAUUCUCAUUAAUGCAGGUGGACUUCUUGAGUUGACAGUUUUCCCGGGGAAAUAUGCCAUGGAAAUGUCAGCUGUGACCUACAAGAAUUGGGUUUUUCCUGAACAAGGACUUCCUGCUGAUCUUAUCAAGAGAGGGAUGGCAGUUGAGGACUCAAAUUCUCCACAUGGCCUCCGCCUACUAAUAGAAGACUACCCGUAUGCAGUUGAUGGAUUGGAAAUCUGGUCAGCGAUCAAAACAUGGGUUGAGGACUAUUGCAACUUCUACUACAAGAGUGACGAAACGGUUCAGAACGACACUGAACUCCAAUCCUGGUGGAAGGAAGUCAUAGAAGAGGGUCAUGGUGACAAGAAAAACGAGCCGUGGUGGCCUAAAAUGCAGACAUGUAAAGAGCUAAUAGAUACAUGCACUACUAUCAUAUGGGUGGCUUCUGCACUCCAUGCAGCUGUCAAUUUUGGACAAUACCCUUAUGCAGGGUACCUCCCAAAUCGCCCAACCAUAAGCCGCAGGUUCAUGCCAGAGCCAGAUACUCCCGAGUACGAGGAGCUCAAGUCGAACCCUGAGAAGGCUUUCUUGAGAACAAUUACUGCCCAGCUGCAGACUCUCAUCGGCAUUUCCCUCAUAGAAAUUUUAUCCAGGCAUCCCUCGGAUGAGGUUUAUCUUGGGCAGCGAGACACUCUUGAAUGGACAAUGGAUGCAGAAAUAUUGAAAGCCUUUGGGAAAUUCGGAAACAAGAUAGAAGAUAUUAAGAAAAAAAUAGUAGUGAUGAACAAGGAUGAGAAAUGGAGAAACAGGGUUGGUCCAGUGAAGGUGCCAUACACUUUGCUCUAUCCUACCAGUGAAGAAGGACUUACCGGCAUGGGCAUUCCUAACAGUGUCUCAAUCUAAAGCUUUUCCUAGUCAGAUUGCUAUUUUUUAUCAAAGUUUUAAAGCAAUAAAAUGUGUAUUUUUUUUUUGGGUCCUUCGGGCACACCCCUAAGGCACCAAACUGGGAUACUGUCGGCCCCACAACUACAGCACCAAGUUAGUCAAAGGUAAUAAAAGAGGUGACAAGGCUCGAACCUAGGCGGAUUGGGUGCCCAGGCCAACACCCUACCAUCUCAUCCAAGCCCCCGGGGCAAAAAAAUGUAUAUUUCUUCACUUUAAAUAAAAGUAUGUUUAUUUAGAAUUCUGGGAAUGCUAAAAUACAAAAGCAUUCUUUGAUUUGGAUAAGCAGAUUAAAUAGAGAGACAGGAGUCAGAACUCUCCACUCAAUUAGAUAAGAGUUCGUUUUGAUAGGAUGAAUAUUGUUUGUUUUAUGUUCUCUAAAGUUGCAUUUCUCAUUA